CUGACUUUAUUUAAAUAUAGAAUAUUCAAUAGAGCAGAAUAUUUGUCAAUUUUACACUAUAUAAUAUAUCAUCAUGUAGUUAUUUUGUGUAACUUCUUAUAUCUAUUAUAACAGAGUAAUAAUACUGACCUGUUUUGUGGAUGUAACUGUAAAUGAAUAAAAAUGUCAUUCUUUAAUAAAUAAAACGUUGUAAUCAUUAGCAUUUUGCUGUGGUGUAAGAGCAGUAAAACACUUGCGGACGUGCUGUUGUAGGAAAAUAAUCAGUAACUCCGCUUCAUCGCUCCACUCUGUUGACUAUUUUCCUACAACAGCAUGACACACAGUGUUUUAUUCCUUACAUAAACUACUAAUAACAGUAAACUAAACUAUAAUUAAUCAUUCUUACUACUUACGGCUUACCGAAUAGUUAUGGAUUUACGAUAUUUUAAAAGCGUAAUCAAUUAUUUCAAUGUAUAUUGUGCUGGUAAGUAAACAAAUCGGUCAGUAAAUCAUCUCCUGUGUGGUUUGAUGAGUGUAUGAUGCGUUCGGGAAGAUGGGCAGUGAUGUCAAAGGCGGAAACGUGAACCGGGUCGGCUCUCUGCAGGAGUGUUUGUCUGUUGAAGGCCCUGGAUUUGGAGGACAAUACUGCCAGGUCUUCCUCAAACAGGGGGCGCUGGACUAUUUUGUAGGUAUUUGUGUGCCUGAUUCCUGCGAUGAAGCAGACGUGAGCACGCUUAUUGUCUACGAAGAUUUUCUACAGGGUCAAACCCCCUUCAUUACUUCUGUACCGGAUCUGUUCAUAUCAGAACCCACAUUGGGAAUUUUUAUGACUCAUUGUAUCAGAAACAACAUUACACCUGAUCUGUCUGCUGUAGUGUGUCUGUGUGUGUGUAUCACGAUGAUGGCUCUGCCUCUUGUGGUGACCAUCUAUGUAGCUGUGGUCCAGUGGAAUAAAAAAAAAGAAGCGCAGUCAAACGUUGACGCCGCAAACUACGGAGCGAUUCUGGCCAACAGUUCAGCCAAUCAGAGCAAAGAAUGCAUUUUACUCCAAAACACACAAGUGCAGGAGUGCGACAAAGAGGGGGAGCAGGAGGGUCAAGACACAGGCAAUGCCCCCCCACGACCACCACCAUCACCAUUUCAAUAUGUGGAAUUAUUGGUGAAAAUUAAGCCAGAGUCAUUUCUUCUCUGUGUCUCAUGUGUCUGUCUCGCAGGCCGUGUGAUGUCGUUCCUGCAUUCGCUUUCCGUCCGGUUCAGUGGUGUGUGUUUCGGUGACGGUGUGGGUGACGGUGUGUGUUCCAGAAGCAGUUAUCCAUGUCUCAAUGGUGUUCGCAUUUUCAGCCUCUUCUGGAUCAUCUGUGGACAUACGGUGCAGCUCAGCUCUUGGAGCGGCCUCGAUAACAGAAAGCGAUGGAGAGUGGCCGUGGAGAGCAAUCCUCUGUAUGUGGUGGCCUUUAGUGGACCGGUUUAUCUUGCUGUCGAUACUUUUUUAUUACUCAGUGGACUCCUGAGUGCCAAAUCUUUUCUUGGCUGCAUCCAGAGAUCAGAGGACAAGCCGAACCUCCGACUGAUCGCUCAUUUCCUGUUCAGGAGAUUCAGGAGGAUCCAGCCGCUGCACCUCUUCAUCGUGUGUGCGAUCGUCACACUCUUCUCAUUUCUCCGUAAUGGUCCAUUCUGGUUCACAGCUGAAGACCAAAUAGUGAACUGUAAGGCGUUCUGGUGGUCCAACCUGCUGCUCAUCAACAACCUGUUCACCAUCACACACACGUGUGCGCCGUGGACCUGGUACCUCUCAGUCGAUUUCCAGUUCUAUGCAGCGACACCAUUCCUCAUUUGUCUCUACAUGCUGAAUAAGUGUGUGUUUGUGAGUGUGGCCUUCACUCUGUUGGCAAUGUCGUGCAUUUCCAGUGCUUUAAUCACGGCAUUUCUACACUUACCCGUUCACCAACCGACAACUCUUGAAUAUGAAAGUUACUUUGAGUAUUACUACAACAAGCCGUACACCAGAUACGGUCCGUACCUGCUCGGCGUCCUCACAGGAAUUUACAUGGUGACCAAGAAAGAAGCUCUUAUAAAGCAGAGGCGGCAGGCGGCUGCUGGUUGGCUCAUCUCACUGUCUGUCAUGGCCGUGAUAGUGGGAUCCGCUUACAUGCUGAGGGGUCAGGGGUCACCGGGUCAUGCUGUGUAUCAGGGGCUCCAUCGCUCGUUGUGGGCUCUCACCGUGGCCUGGCUCAUCCUUGCCUGUGAGGAGGGAUAUGGAGGCUUUGUGAAUAGGUUCUUGUCCAUGCGUGUGUGGGUUCCUCUGUCCAACAUCAGCUUUGCUUGCUACCUUGUUCACCCUCUUCUCAUUUUACUCUACAACUCCAAACAGGAAACUCUCAUCCACUACACAGACCUCAACUUCUUGUAUCUGUUCCUCGCUCACUCGGCCCUUACUGUGGUUCUAGGUUGGGUUCUCACUGUGCUGAUUGAGAAGCCCUAUCAGCUCCUGAGCUCAUCUAAAGCAUAAACACAACAUAAAAAGUGUCUUUUUAGUAGUUAGUAUUCAGUUUGGUUUGGUAUUUAUUUUGUUUAUUCAAUUUAAAAUUUCUUUUAAUUUAAUUUUUUUUAUUUUACCUGAUGAAGAUUAACCCAAAAUGUGACUUUAGUACAUUAUAAUAAUAUAAUACAAUCCUAUACAUACAUGCGUACAUUGUACAUGGCAAUAACGCAGAAUUAAUUUCAUGAACUGGUGUGGGGUUUUUAUUUACUACAGUUACAUUACUGUACAUAUUAGUUAUUAUUGAUUAUAACCAAGUAUUAUAUAACAAAAUUAUUACAAUAAUAAUGUAAUUAUAAUAAGGAUGUGGGCAACAAGUUUUUUUGUUUUUUUUUGAAGACGGUUUAUAUAACAAAGCAUAUAAAUUAUUUACAGAUACAAAAGUGGCAACCAGUUCAAUCUAAAUAUAAUUUGGGGAAAAUAAAUGAAAUAAAAACAGUUUAUAAUGAAAAGUAUUUUACAGUAGACAGUCAUAUAGAGACAGAUGAGUAAACCUAAACAGGUCAUGCAUUUAAUAGUGAAUGGUUUUUUGUUGUUGUUUUUUUCCCAGGCACAACACAGAUCAAAUGCUAAAAAAAUUAGAUUUCGUGUUAUCAAAAACACGUGAGCACAUUUGGAUCAAACCUAAUUUAAAGUAACACCAGAUAAUGUUCUACUGAAAUAAACUCAGGUUGUUGUGAGACAGCGUCCUCUUGUGGACGUUUUGGGGAAAUUUGUAGAUGAUUCUGUAUUGAUUAAGGAACAAGAAGAAUAAUUUACCAAUAAAAAUCAUCACAGCUGGA